UUUCAACACUUUGUAAAUGUCUACUCACACAUGCAAAAAAAAAUCUUAACCUCUCUUUAGCGGUGCCUUAAAAUAUCGCAAUUGAUAAUAAUUGUACAAAAAUGUUGAUGAAUAAACUAUCGAAAUGUGUACCAAACAUAAAGACCGCAAUAGCUAAACCAUUCUCGAGUUUAAUCAACAUAGAUCAUCCAUUAGCAGAGAAUCGUUUGAGCUAUGUAGAACCUCGUCAAGCAUGGCUAGAAAACUUUGAUACCAUUGAUGAGAAAAAACUUGGUAUCAUUAACUUACAUCCAGAGAUAUUUGCAGCUCGACCACGGAUUGAUGUAAUCCAUCAGAAUGUAAGAUGGCAACAGUUGUACAAAUUUGUCAGUUUUGCAAACACCAAAGUUAGAUCAGAAGUUAGAGGAGGUGGAAGAAAACCAUGGCCCCAAAAAGGAAUGGGUAGAUCAAGGCACAGUUCAAUCAGAAGUCCACUCUUCAAGGGAGGUGGUGUUAUCCAUGGCCCUAGAUCACCAACCCCUCAUUUUUACAUGCUUCCUUUCUAUAAAAGAGUCCUGGGACUCACAAGCACUUUAUCUGUAAAACUAGCACAGGAUGAUUUGCAUAUUGUGAAUGAUCUUGAAUUACCAACUGAUGAAUAUACAUUUUUGGAAGAGAUGGCUAAAAGCAGAAAUUGGGGACCAUCAGUCUUAUUCAUCAAUGAUGUUGACAUUAUGCCAAGAAAUAUAACCGUUGCUACAGAUAUCAUCAAGCACAUGAAUAUCAUGCCAGUGUAUGGCCUCAAUGUCUACUCCAUGUUGAAGCAUGACACUUUGGUUUUGACCAAAUCAGCAGUUGAAACGCUUGUUGAUAAACUACUGGUUGCCAUCCAUAAAAAUGGAAAACAAAUGGAGGAGAAGUUUAAGCUUAGUCAACAAUAACUUAAUUUAGUUCUAGUACAAUAAAUCGAAUAGAUUCUAAA